AUGGCUGCUGUUGGCAAGCGGCAUUCUGGACAUUUCACAACGAAUGCCGGGGAAAGUAAUGCAUCGUCAAAAAGAGGAUCGAUUGAUAACUGGAAUGUGGAAUCAGAUGCGGCAUUAUUGCACAAAAGACCAAGAACUGCAGUAAAAUGUUUUGAGACUGAUUCUUCCAAUGCUGAACUGGGUUGCGAAGAUGGUGUUGCAACGCAAACAAUGAACAAAAAGGGAGAAAUCAUUGGAGAACGUAUUAUAAUGCCACAUAGUUGGGUUUUUUUUCCAAUCCGGGCUCCGAUCGGUAGUAAUGCGAAAAGCGAAAUUGUAGUAUCUGAUCGCUAUAAUGAGCCUAAGAAAUACAAACAUUUUCGAGAAAUGGUGGAAACAUCCUGUAAUCUGAUGAACUGGCGUUUACAGGAAAAACCAUGCGCAAUUUCCUCGUAUGAUCCUUGUAUUAUUUGCGCUACUAAACCGGAUAAAAAGACCAUAGAUUGUCGUUUCCAUAACCGCAUGUUACGUGAUCGUAACAACCCCAAAUUGCGCCGCCACCUUUUGAUUAGCGAUAUCGAAAAAAUUAAGUCAUCAUUACUGGAUGAAGUAAACGCUCGCAUGGAACAAUUCAUCGAUGAGAAGUUUACUACUGGCAAACCAAAGGAAAAGGCGGAAGCGGCUCAAAUGGCUGCGUAUGUUCUACAGUGUGUAUAUUCAAAUUACGAAAAAGUGGUACAUCGUGAAGAAGAAGCUGUUUCAGCCUUUUCUGAAAGAGAAGCAUACUACAAUCAUGCGUUUGGUGCGAAACAAAUAUGUGACGCAUGUCGUUUUGCCAUCUUAAAUGCUCAUUUUUGCUGUAGAAUUUGUGGAUCGGAACUGUGCAUAACAUGCUAUAAAGAACUGAAUGGAAUAGAUUCUUACCCUCCGAAUUGGUUAAAGUCACUUCCUUGUACAAAUGGUCACCUUCAUGAUGCUGAUAUGUUUCACCUGGCAUCAUUUCUGCCUUCAUUUGACAUUAUUCGUGAUACGCUUUACCGAUCGAUGGAGCAGUUAGUACGGUACGGUAUUAAGAAGGAUGGUGCUUUAUGCAAUGGUAAUCAUGGACGAGGCUAUAAUGUAAAAUUGUUUCAGGAGUUCACACCGAAUGCGUACGCGCGUUUUAAAACCCAGUUAACUGCACACAAUCCCGUUAUAGUCGAAAAUGUGAAUCGUCAUCCUCGUUACCGUCGAGCACUGUGGACUCAAGAAGCAUUUGAAAAAAUUAUGGCUUGUGAUCGAAAUGUAUCUAUUCUGGAUAGUGAGAACUUUUCACCUGUAAUGAUCCGUGACAAACCAUGCUCACUGAAAAUUUUCUGGUCGAAAUUUGGAUUAAAACGAGGCAAGGGUGACUCUUAUAUGAAGAUAAAAGAUUUUCCAGAAUCAAAACUAUUUUCUAAUAUCGCUCCUGAACAGUAUGUAAAUUUGUAUGAGAUUAUGCCUUUCCUGGAUUACACACAUGUUAAUCGCGAGGAAAGUGGCCGUGGCAGAUUGAACUUGCUGAACUUAUUCAAUGAUAAACGUGACCGACCAGAUCCGGGACCAAAAGUCUACAUUUGUUUCGGAUUAUGUAAUGCUCUUCAUUUGGCUUCUACUCCAUUACAUCUGGAUGUAUCUGAUGCAGUGAAUUUCUUACCAUUUGUUAAAGCACCGGAUGAAAUGUCAAGAGAGGAAGUGAGAAAUGCUGUUGAACAACGCUUGGAUGCAGAGGGUAUCCAUGGGUAUCACAGGGAGCGUGCUCUUCGCGAGCCGGAGAAAGCUGGUGCUAUCUGGAAAAUAUUUCAUCCCAGUGAUAAUACGAGAAUCCGUGCUGCUAUUGAGGAAUGGAAGGAAAUGAAAGGGGAAAAAUGGAAAGGUGAUGUUAUUCACAACCAAGACGUAGUGGUAACGCGUGAAAUGAUGGAUUUUUUCGAAGAAAGAGGAAUCGAAUGCCGUAUGUUUGUACAAAAUGAAGGCGAUGUUGUAUUUAUACCUUCCGGAGCAGCCCAUCAGGUUCAGAAUAUCAAUUCAUGCAUCAAGAUUGCCGCAGAUUUUGUUACUGGAGAAGGCAUUGAUUGUACAGUAGCAGUCACUAAUGAAUUGCGAUUUCUGCGAAUUAAAGAUGAUCUUGUGCAGGUAGACAAAUUACUGCAUUUUGCGUGUGAUGCGGCUGCGGCUGUACUGCAAAACAACGAACCAGGACUAGUGACAUCGAGUCUUCCCCAAUAA